CGAUCCCAGUGUGAGUAACAACGGCCGACACUUCUCCCUCGCUGACGUCACACAGCCCGCCACAGCCAUAUCACCGCUGCCACGGCCUUUAAUGUAAUUUCAGUCGCCGCUUGCACUUGUUCUCCCUUUCUUCUUACAUUUCAUUCGUUCUUUCAAGAUAAAUUACGCGGACUUACAUAUUAGUCUUUACCUCUUCUUCCCCACCCUCUCCAUCCUCUCUGUAUGUCCAAGUUAUUUUAAAAAAAAAAACCAACACAGUCGUCGCCUUGAGAGAGCAUUUCUCUGCGGAAGUACAUAAAGGCUGUGCGCUGCGAGGAAGGAGGAAAUUCUUGCUGAUGGACACCUUCAUUAAAACUUCCCUAGUGUGUGAACCAGCGAGAGAAACUACAUCCUUCAGCGAGCGACAAGGAGUGCUGGCGACCGGCCAUGAACAAGUAUGAGAACAAAGAUAUUCGUCGCAACGUUUUUUUGUCUUCAGAUCUGCGGAUUCCACGGACUCGUGAUCCACCCUUGCAAUAACAACACGGCCGCAGGAUUUGAAGAAUCUCAAGCUACCUUCACUUGCAAAGACAUUCCUAGCGAUGCCACAGUCAGGUGGGGUUUGGCCGAUGAGAACACUCUUUACGUGGAGAUAGGGUCGUGCGAAGCUGAUGGACUCUGCAGGGUUAACCACGAGAAUCAGAUGUACAAUUUUAGCAGAUCGGCGAGAGCCAUGGAGAGUCAAAUGACUGUCUGGAAGCUGCAGCGGAAUUUCGGAAACAGGACUGUUGUUUGUAAGGUGAGCGACACCAAGACAAGUUGCAACUUCAUCGUCCAGAGUCAGCCAGUUCUGGAGGGAUGCAGUUUCAACAUCACCAGUAGGGCUGUGACUAGCCAGUGUUUCGUAACACAGGCUUAUUCGUCUAACAACCAGUACAGAUGUAUCUGGAAACGGAACAACGUCCAACAAAAUGUCUCCAUCCCUGAAGACAUCCAAGCCUGUGGUAAAGAUGGUCGCGAGUUCGUGUGCUGGACAUGCCACUUCACACAAGCGAUACCAGCGACAGAAGGCGUUUAUACCUACACUAUUUCCACGGAGCCUCCCGCUGUACAACAGUAUUCACACAGUUUUACAGCCGCUGCGACCCACACAACUGGUGCCCUCAGCGAGGGCGUCAUAGCCGCUGCUAUCAUCAGUCCCGCCGUCAAGAUAGCCAUCGUUGUCAUUGCAGUCAUCGUUAUUAGGAUGAGAAGAUCGACAAGACGAGCUAUCGACUUAUCCGACGAAGGAGAGACCGGCAUCACUGUUCAGCGACCCUCGAUAACUGCACGACUGAAGCGGUUAAGCGUUCAAAGCCGCCAGCAGAGGAGCAGCUCUCUUGGUAAUGGACCUGGACAUACUUAAGCUGGCUGCGUGUAAGCAUAUCAGAUUAACAAAGAUGUUGCACUUGAAAGCCAUGGCGACGAGGAACAUGUCUACAGCGAAAUCAUAGAGCUUGAGAAUACAGUGGGUCUGUGAGGGACAUAAAAUGAACUUUUUGAGCAGUUUUGUAGACUGCUGGCCAGCAGAACAGACGCCCCACCGUGAAAAAAGAUUUUUCACUACAAUACCUGGGAACUUCAUGCCCUUUUUUUUUAGUGCUGAAGGUGGUAAAAAGUCUUUGCUGUUGUUCUUCUGGUGUGAUUCUUUAGCUGACAACGCUUUAGGAUUUCAAGCGGAAAUUCGUGUGAUACAAUGGUGAAAAAAGACUCUAAACUGAAAAUGAUGUACAGCUACAGAUUACUUGUAAGAAAGAUUAGUAUUUAUUUUCGUUUUACAUCAGCGCGUACAUUUUUACAGUUUCAUAUUAAAAGCAAUUAUGCAAAGGGAAAUUCA